AUGGGAAGCAUCAUCUCCUGCGUUAGAAAUAACCAAGUCCUUAUUCGCCUUGUCGCUCGUGUUCUCAUGAGCCAACUCGGCUUGAAUUUCAACUUAGAUCAGUGGCAUUCUGCGAGAUAUGAAGGUGAUAUGGAAACACAUCUUCAAAACAUCCGAUCAAUCGCAACAGAUCUAUCACAGACAGACAAAAGUCAGAUCAAAACACAAAGCAGAUGCGUUUUCAUAUGCGUUAACACUUAUGUAGCCUCAAAUCUUACUUUGGGUGUUGGCCCAAUGAAUGAUGGCCUCAAUGUCGCCGAAUCAAUGAAUAAGAGAGAGUGGCCAAUCUUCUUUAUCCACAACCCUACGCAAGCACAGUACUUAGAAUGGCUUGCAUUUUUCUUACAGAAUACAACAACAGAAUUGAUCACAUAUUACACAGGCCACGGCACACAGCUCGAUGGAACAGAUAGACAAGAAGAGUCUGGUAAAGAUGAGGCCUAUGUCUUUGAAAAUGGAAGCGAAGUUGAAUGUUUGCGUGAUGAUGAUCUUCAAAAGUGCGUUGUCAAGAACAAAACAAACACAAACUGCAAGUGUGUCUUCCUUUCUGACUGUUGCCAUAGUGGAACAAUUUGGGAUUUGAAUAAGUCAAAUUCACCUCAGAAUUGUUUAUCCAUCUCUGCAGCAGCUGACAAGCAGACAGCUAAACAAACUCAAGUCGAGUCUAAAGAGCAGGGAAUCUUUACAUACUACCUCUUUAAGUUCCUUGAAGAAGAUUCAACUUACACUCCAAACCAAUUAAAAGAUAAUAUGCUUCCAUAUUUGAAGAAGUUCGAUCAGAACUAUACACUUCAAACUACAACUCCUUCUCUUGUUGAUCAAAGUUUCUUAUGA